UCAUAAUGGGGUCUGGGGCGGGUGGGUUGUUGUUAUUUUCUUUUCAAAUUCGUUUUCUGUGUAACUUGAUUAAACGUGCCAUUUAAAAGGUCGUGGUUUUCAUGCCAGCAGCGAGAGCUGUUUUUAGAAGUCCUGUUUUUAGCAAAGAUGUGGGCUGUAGUCUGAACAAGCAAGCCUACUCUGUGUUUGGACGGGCGCGUUGUUUUCGGGUUUUGUGGCUGACAUUAAACUGAAAGGUAUGGAGCAUAUGUACAUGGCCCCCAACCCUGGUCUGCCAGGCUGUCCGCCUGGGUUAGAAUACCUCACACAGAUUGAUCAACUACUGAUUAAACAGAAGGUGGAACUCAUUGAGGCUCUGGCUGGCUUUGAGAGCAAUAACAAGUAUGAGCUGCGUAACUCGCUGGGGCAGAACGUGUACUACGCCGUGGAAGAGAAUGACUGUUUGAGCCGGCAGUGCUGCGGACCCUUGCGCCCCUUCGCCAUCCGUGUCCUCGACAACUACGGACAGGAAGUGAUCACUAUCAACCGCCCACUGAAGUGCAUGUCCUGCUGCUUCCCGUGUUGCCUACAGGAGCUGGAGAUCCAGUCCCCUCCUGGGGUCACUGUGGGUUAUGUACUGCAGGAGUGGCAUCCGUUCCUCCCCAAGUUCACCAUCCAGAACGAACGGCACGAGCCAGUUCUCAAGUUGCAGGGGCCGUUCUGUGGCUGGAGCUGCCUUCCAGACGUGGACUUUGAGAUUCUCACCAUGGACGAGGUUGGCAUUGGGAAGAUCAGUAAACAAUGGACAGGUCUUCUACGCGAGGCCUUCACGGACGCUGACAACUUCGGCAUCCAGUUCCCCAUGGACCUCGACGUCAGGAUGAAAGCUGUGAUGAUUGGUGCCUGCUUCCUCAUUGACUUCAUGUUCUUUGAGUCCAACAACUGAUUGCUGAAAGGACGGAGCCCGUGAGGAUAAUGUUCCCUGCAGAAAGGAGGACAGAAGACCAUCUUCUGCUCUCCUCCAUCAGAUCCAUGUCCCCGCUGCCUAAGAGAAUGCAUGCAAACAUACCAUAGCUGUUGGCGGUGUAGGAUUAGACAGAUAUAGGCCAGGGACCCCCAGAAAUGUUAUGAAAAGGGGUUUAAACAGUUACCUAUACUACCAUUUCAAAAGAGGAUUGUUUGGCACUGCUUUUGGCGUAAUGCACCCCAAGAGAACAUAUAUGGCUUACCCGGUGUAGCUGACUCCCUCUCCAUGAAGUAACUAUAGUUAUUUGAAACGUGUGCUUACAGUGUAAGGUGUCGUGUUUAUGGUUAACAUUACUGCUUCACAGAAAAUGUACAAAGGACACUUUACGAUGCAACACCUGGAAGUCUGUAAUAUUGGCGCUGAAGUCUAUACUGGCUCAUAGAGGUCUGAGGUGAUACUGAUAUGAGCGACCAACAUGUGAUUAUAUCACUCUUAGUUAUGUAUCAAAAUAUCAAAUUGUCCAUCUUUUUUUUUUUUUUUGCAAUCAUUUGUUUUAAUGAUGUGAUGUAACUGUGGGCAUCCAUGAUUCAGGUCAGCAUCUGAAAUAUAGCCAGCCAUUGAAAAAAAAUCAUUGUAAUCUGUGCUCAUGUAAUAAUAUGCAAUUAAUUUAUUAUUUGUGUACUUUUCACAUCAGCACUGUUGAUUUAUUUAAUCAUUUCUUGGUGUUUGUUUUAGCAGUAUUUAUUUAAAUGUCUCUUAACUUAUUGUUUUUGGUGGUAUAAAGUGAAUUAGCGUCAAACACUAAAAGGAUAUGGGAACAUCAUUAUAGUAAUACCAAAAGUGGUCAGUGGAGGGCAGCCUGUUCACCAUGUCCGCCCACCGUCUGUGCUCUUUAUCCGAUUGAAUUUUGUAUUGUUUCAAGAGUGAUCUAUUAACACUUAUUUACGACUCAGGUACGCAUGCAUACGGUUGAUGCUUGCAUCUUAGACAUAUCCAUGUGACGUUUACCCGUAAAAGUCCAGUUCAGUGGUUCCCCAUUGUGAUUGUUGUUUUACAUUGAUGCACAGAAUUUAGUCGAAGCAAUGCCUUGUUUUACUGGUUAUUUUUAUUUUAUUAAAAAAAUACUUAUUUUAAGCUUUCAAGGCUCUUUGGAAAAUUUUUAUCCAGAUAUAUUGUACGCAAAAGCAAAUUACAGUUGUAACAUCAAAUAACACAUUUAUUAAAGCUAUAUAACCUUCGGUGAGAUGA